AUGACCACAGACCAACCAAAACGAUCCGCCAAACCACAACCUCCUCCAGAACCACGAAAUCACCUCUAUAUCGACCACUGGCAGUCAGCUUCAACAGGUCACCAGCGCGUAGCCGAAGGUGGUGGUUUCCUCGGCUCGACAUCGUGGCGAAAUGCGCGCUCGGCCAAAUUGACCAGGCAGUAUCAAAGUGGGGAUUGUCUUCCAGGACGAGGAAGAGGGUUGGGACCGGGGAACAAGGCCUCAGAAGAGUCGAUCCUCGUACCCGGCGCCUUCAAUGGGAAGUGCGCGUCGCAGUCGCCGCCAAACAUUCCUGCUUCCGGUGCAUGGGCUUUGGUAGCUGGGGAUGUGGCUAAGCGGAAUGAACUUGGUGUUCGGGAUAUUCGGUUGUUUAUGGGUGUUAGCAAGAGGAAGGCUAUGGCGGAGCCUGAAAAGGAGAGGAAGACAGAGACGAAGAAGCUUAGGACUGUUGGAGACAUACGGGAAACGGAAACGGAAACGGAAACGAAAAAGGAAUGGUCUCAAAUAGAGGACAACCCCCAACCUGACUCCCACUCUGGCGCCCGCCUCGAUUUGAAAUUGACUUCGUGUAUCUUUGCCGGUGUUACGAUCUACAUCAAUGGCUCGACACUCCCCCAGAUCUCGGAGCAUAAACUUAAACAUCUACUCGUGUCGAACGGCGCUAGAACUUCUAUCUUCAUGGCCCGGAAGACGGUGACGCAUGUUCUUGUCGGAAAACCCAACACUGGAGCUGGUAGUGGAACCGCUGUGUCUGGUGCGGGGGGAGGGCUUGCUGCGGGGAAGCUCCAGCAGGAGAUUGCCCGUGGGGGUUGGAAAGGCGUGAAGAUGGUUAGUGUGGACUGGGCUCUUGAGAGUAUCAAAGCUGGGCGUCGUCUUGCCGAGUCCCGGUUCCCUGGUAUGCAUGUUGCGGCCAAGGGACAACGGAGUGUUGCUGAGAUGUUUGGUGUGCGGGGGUUGAAGAAGUGA